GGAGGAGCUGUACGGCCUGGCGCUGCGCUUCUUCAAAGAAAAAGAUGGCAAAGCCUUUCAUCCCACUUACGAAGAAAAACUGAAGCUUGUGGCACUGCAUAAGCAGGUUCUUAUGGGUCCAUAUAAUCCAGACACUUGUCCUGAGGUUGGAUUCUUUGAUGUGUUGGGGAAUGACAGGAGGAGAGAGUGGGCGGCCCUGGGAAAUACCUCUAAAGAGGACGCCAUGGUAGAGUUUGUCGAGCUCCUGAACAGGUGUUGCCAUCUCUUCUCCACGUACGUCGCGUCCCACAAAAUCGAGAAGGAGGAGCAAGAAAAGAAAAGGAAGGAGGAGGAGGAGCGAAGGCGGCGGGAAGAAGAGGAGCGAGAGCGAGUGCAGAAGGAGGAGGAGAAGCGCAGGAGAGAGGAGGAGGAGCGGCUUCGGCGGGAGGAGGAAGAGCGGCGGCGGCUGGAGGAGGAGCGGCUGCGGCUGGAACAGCAGAAGCAGCAGAUCAUGGCGGCGCUGAACUCGCAGACGGCCGCGCAGUUCCGGCAGUACGCGGCGCAGCAGUACCCGGGCAGCUCGGAGCAGCAGCAGCUCCUGGUGCGCCAGCUGCAGGAGCAGCACUACCAGCAGUACAUGCAGCAGCUGUACCAGGCGCAGCUGGCCCAGCAGCAGGCGGCGCUCCAGAAGCAGCAGGAGGUAGCGGUUGGGGGAGCCGCUUUGCCUACGCCGGCAAAGGUGAAUGCAGCUGUGCCGAGUGAUAGGACGUCGGUUAACGGACAGGCCAAAGCCCACACGGACAGCUCUGAGAAAGACCUCGAACCAGAAGCUGCAGAAGAAGCCGUGGAGAAUGGACCAAAAGAAUCUCUUCCAGUAAUAGCAGCUCCGUCCAUGUGGACACGACCCCAGAUCAAAGACUUCAAAGAGAAGAUUCGGCAGGACGCGGACUCCGUGAUUACAGUGGGCCGAGGAGAAGUGGUCACCGUUCGCGUCCCCACCCACGAAGAGGGAUCGUAUCUCUUUUGGGAAUUUGCUACAGACAAUUAUGACAUUGGAUUUGGGGUGUACUUUGAAUGGACAGACUCUCCAAACACUGCUGUCAGCGUGCACGUCAGCGAGUCCAGUGACGACGACGAGGAAGAGGAAGAGAACGUCAGCAGUGAGGAGAAAGCCAGAAAGAACGCCACCAAGCCCCUGCUGGACGAGGUCGUGCCUGUGUACCGGCGGGACUGUCACGAGGAGGUGUAUGCCGGCAGCCACCAAUACCCAGGGAGAGGAGUCUACCUCCUCAAGUUUGACAACUCCUACUCUUUGUGGAGGUCAAAGUCGGUCUACUACAGAGUCUAUUAUACUAGAUAAAGAUGGUGUCGCAGAGUCUGGAGUCUAGGGUUGGGCAGAAGAUUGCACUUGGUUCGGAAUUUCUUUUGACUUUUGUGGAGCAUUGCAGUCAGCGUCUCCCCUUUUGAUUUUGGUCUGAUGGUCCGUGAACUCUCGUCGGGACUCAGGGUUUCCUUGAGACUCUAGCAUUAAUCCUCUGGGGUUAGAGGGAGUCCUCGGACCCGUCUGGCCCUUGGGUGCCGACCGGCAGGGUGGCUAGUGGAUGCAGAAGUUACGCGAGCUACGUGUGAAAUCUAUAAGGUCUCCGAAAUAAAACCUCCCCACGUUGACCCCACCCGGCUGACGGUGAGUCCAUUGCUGCCCGCUGCAUGCGGUUGACGAGAGCCCGUGGUCACGGUGACCUCGGAUCGGAAAUCCUUACGUUCGCAGUCUGCCUGAGGUGCAGCUGACUUGGACGAAGGUCAUCGUUUUGAAAUGAAGGUCAUCGUUUUGAAAACUUACAGACUCAAGACCCCACAGGUUAUAAUAGAAAAGUUGCCUCGAUUCGCUUUUGUUCUGAACGACCCAGAUUGUCUUUGCAUUGAGUACGCCGUCUAGUUCAGAGGCCUAUUACAGAGAAUUAUUUUCCGAGAUAAUCUUAAGAACGUUCAAAGCCGAUUGGUAAUUGAACCGUCAAGACACACAACACCUCAGAGGUCCAUGUUGUUAGCGGGCCUCUGCAAACUCGGGUCCUUUUCUCUCCCUCCGGGACUCCCCCCUACCGGUGACAAAGCAGAAUUAAUUCAUUUUUGUCUCGAUUUGGCUUUGUAGAGCAUCUCAAAUUGAACCUGUUUUCUACACGAGCAUAUAGUUAGGGGGUUUUGUAAACUCAAAUUGACACUUACUGAAUUAAAGUAUGUAAAAUCACUUCAGUACAAUUGAGUGUAUGGGGAAUAACGUUGCACUACAAGGAAAUCACUGCCAGAGACAGUCUGUUUUCCUUUCCUGUGUUCAUGCUUAGGCACGAACCCUACCCAGUUCCGGUGGGGAAUUGCGUACUGGAGAGAAUUGGAAAAACAGAUGCCCAUGCUUCAGUUGUUCUAUAGCUUUAAUCUGCAUUAUGUCUUUGUAGAUGGGAAGAGGACACCUUCGUGUCCCUUACCGAGAACAUAUAUGGAUAAACAGCUGCAAGUUGGUAGAAGUGAUGGACUAGCGUAGAGAUUCUUGUUUUCAGGAGGGAGGGUGGUGUAGAUAGAACGUGACCGAGACGGCACUACACACGAAACGUUACUGGAUGUUGUUACUGAAAUACUUAGAUUUUUAGAUUUUUAAAACUUCAGAUCUUAAAUCACUUCUUGUAGGAGGGUCUCCGUUGAUUAAGCUGCGUUCUAUACAGUUCACUACACGAGGGGCUGUUUGUCGUGUGUGCGUUUCUUUUCUGGUUUUUAAUACCUGGUUUUGUACAUACCUAACCCUCUUCUCUUUUGGUUAUUCGGAAACUGGAUUAUUUUCUCCUCUGAGCAGUGCUUGAUUUGUGUUCUUUAAUUUGGAUUCACUGGUUCCAGCUCAAAGAUGUCCACACCGUUCUGUCCAGAACACGUUCAGGCUGUCCAUGCGCGUGCGCGUACGUACGGUAGAGGAACCAUGGGGUUAGGCGCUUCUUGGCUUUUUUUUUUUUUUUUUAACGAGAAAAUAUUGUAUUUAAAAUGUAAAAUAAACUUUUAAAAAGCAGGCACUAAUAUAUAUUUCUUCCAGCCUUUGAGUACAGAUUUGUUCUUGCCCAUGUUAAGAUAAAUCGUCUUCUGCAAAGACCCUCGUUCUCGGGAGCAGUUUAUGUCACUUUACGUAGCGGUGGUUCGUCAUGUGCUCACGUCAGAACAGUUUUGGUUUUAGACUUUUCUAUUGCCUUUGGCUGUUGAUUAGUACAGUACAAGUGCGAUUUCAAAAAGAUCUUGAAAAUAAUAUAUUUAAUCAAUUAAAAUGUUUAUCUGUAA